AUGAAACGCUUGCGGCAAGAAAUAGCCUCAGUCAUGGAGGGUGGUCAGGUACCAACAAGGGACCAAAUUAAGAAAAUGCCAUAUCUUGCUUGUGUGAUCAAAGAAAGUCUUCGUCUCUAUCCUCCUGUUCCGCUGAACAAUCGGGAAGCGGUACGAACUACUAUUCUACCAAUAGGAGGGGGUCCGGAAGGAGACAAACCAAUGUUGGUAAGGAAAGGUGAACUCGUCGUGUUUUCGCAGUAUGUGAAUUCACGAAAAAAAAACAUCUUCGGUUCUGAUGCAUAUGACUUUCGACCUGAGCGCUGGGAAAGCGGUGAACUUGAGAGUAUUCGCUGGGCUUAUUUUCCUUUCAGUGGUGGACCCCGGCAAUGUCUGGGCGAGGAUUUCGCUCAAAUGGAGGUUUCUUACACUAUAGUCAGGAUACUACAGACAUUCUCGCUGAUCAAGUUACCUGUGGGUGAGCCGAAUGAACCGGUAGGAAGCGAGAGACAGCGGCUGACACUGGUGCUUUUAAGCGCCGAAGGGUGCAAAGUGGAAGUUCGUGUGUAG